AUGCCAACAUGGCUUAGCAAGCAUCCCGAAGCUCUGGAUCCUACAAGAGACGCACCUCGAAAGCAAGAUGGAACCACAUCUGGAAAAAAGAGACUCAACUGGUUAAAUUCGCAGAACAAUAAGAUGUGCGGCACUUACAAGUCAGAGCAGUUGCAAUUUCGUCGUGUUACCGGUAAAGCAAGGGCCAUGAGCCAAUUUGACUCCGAGGAUAAAAUUACCAAGGUCGCACAAUGGCUUCUCUUGGUGAAUUGUCUCGAUGAUGAUGGGAACCUCAUCAAUACAAUCCCACCAUCACGGACAAAAUUGCACAACAUGGAACGCCGUCAAUGCGCACAUAUCGAGACUGCUAGCAGGUUUUCCUUCAGCCGAACGUGGACUCACGACGAAGUCAAUCAAUACCUGCAGAAUGAAGUGUUCCCUUUGGCAUUUGGAUAUGUCAAUUCGACAGAAAAGGGGAAAGGAAUUGGCAUACCUUCUUUCCCAUGGGUUUUGAUAAGCAAGGAGAGGCUCCGCUACGACGUUGUAAAUAUCGAAAGGCCCGACGGCAAUGAUCUUGCACGAUUCCGAGGUAGACCCAAGUGCCCUGUGAAAGAUGCAAACAUCAUCAUAGCAUUGCGGAGAAGAAUUCCAGAACAUGUCUAUGCAUCAUGGGAUCCCGAAUAUCGAGAGAUGGGGGAUGAUGGAAUUUUUGAGGCGGCGAAACCAAUAAUCUUAACACGUGCAGCUGCUGCAAAGCUCAAACGUGGGCGACAAACAUCAUUGUCCAUCGAGAUUCUCUCCGACACGGAAUACAAACCAGUCAUCAAAAAAAUGAAAGUAGGCGCUGUGGUGAAGCAGGAGCUUGAGGAGCCAGUGUCAGAUCUCCGAGCAUCGAGUAUUGUUAAUGCGGCCUCACAGGAGUCACAGCCUACGAAACUUUUUUUAGAAAGUUCUAAUGCAGAUAUCGAUGAACUCCCUGAUGUUAUUCGACACCUGUCUCUGGCACCACAGACCCCAAGCAAAAACACUAUCCCCUCCACUAGCUCUUUUUUCACUGGGUCACGUUUCGGCACCACUGAUUUACUUUCGACACAGUUUCAUUCACCCAUUGUUCAACGCCGUCGUGUUGCCAUGCCACCCGACUUCGUAGAGCCCCAACCGUCUGAUAUCAUAUUGCGUGGUAUCCGCGACCCCGAUAGUCCAUCUGCCCCUCCUCGUAUUAAUCCCUGGUCAGAAGAUUAUUUUAUUGGUGAUGUCAAUAUUGCCGUCUAAUCUCUCGUGUCCUCUUGCCGUCUACUCAGAAUCUUUUCUAGUACCAUAAUGAUUACUAUGGAGCCCUUAAUGCCUAUGCCUUGCUACUUUUUGUUUUCGGACUUAAUACUAAUAGUUACUAGCGCUUAUAGUAGAC